GGCGUUCGCUGCUGAGGCGGUGCUUUCCGACCCUGGCAAUGCAGCAAGUGUUGGAUAACCUUACGGAGCUGCCCUCAUCUACGGGAGCAGAAGAAAUAGACCUAAUUUUCCUCAAGGGGAUUAUGGAGAAUCCUAUUGUAAAAUCACUUGCUAAGGCUCAUGAGAGGCUAGAAGAUUCAAAACUAGAAGCUGUCAGCGACAAUAACUUGGAAUUAGUGAAUGAAAUUCUUGAAGAUAUCACUCCUCUAGUACCUGUGGAUGAAAAUGUGGCAGAACUGGUUGGUAUCCUCAAAGAGCCUCACUUCCAGUCACUCUUGGAGGCCCAUGAUAUUGUGGCAUCAAAGUGUUAUGAUUCACCACCAUCAAGCCCGGAAAUGAAUAAUUCUGUCAAUAAUCAGUUAUUACCAGUAGAUGCUAUUCGUAUUCUUGGUAUUCACAAAAGAGCUGGGGAACCAUUGGGUGUAACAUUUAGGGUUGAAAAUAAUGAUCUGGUAAUUGCCCGAAUCCUUCACGGAGGCAUGAUAGAUCGACAAGGUCUGCUUCAUGUGGGAGAUAUCAUUAAAGAAGUCAAUGGCCAUGAGGUUGGAAACAAUCCAAAGGAGUUACAAGAAUUACUGAAAAAUAUUAGUGGAAGUGUCACCCUAAAAAUUUUACCAAGCUAUAGAGACACCAUUACUCCUCAACAGAGUUGCAUCAAUAUGGAGAGGCAUCCAGCGCACGUCCGUCAGGUAUUUGUGAAAUGUCAUUUUGAUUAUAAUCCAUACAAUGAUAACCUGAUACCCUGCAAAGAAGCAGGAUUGAAGUUUUCAAAAGGAGAAAUUCUUCAGAUUGUAAACAGAGAAGACCCAAACUGGUGGCAGGCUAGCCAUGUAAAAGAGGGAGGAAGCGCUGGUCUCAUUCCAAGCCAGUUCCUGGAAGAGAAGAGAAAGGCAUUUGUUAGAAGAGACUGGGACAAUUCAGGACCUUUUUGUGGAACCAUAAGUAGCAAAAAAAAGAAAAAGAUGAUGUAUCUCACAACCAGAAAUGCGGAAUUUGAUCGUCAUGAAAUACAAAUAUAUGAGGAGGUAGCCAAAAUGCCUCCCUUCCAGAGAAAGACAUUAGUAUUGAUAGGAGCUCAAGGUGUAGGACGAAGAAGCUUGAAAAACAGGUUCAUAGUGUUGAAUCCCACUAGAUUUGGAACAACAGUGCCAUUUACUUCACGGAAACCAAGGGAAGAUGAAAAAGAUGGCCAGGCAUAUAAAUUUGUGUCACGAUCUGAGAUGGAAGCAGAUAUUAAAGCUGGAAAAUAUUUGGAACAUGGAGAAUAUGAAGGAAAUCUCUAUGGAACCAAGAUCGAUUCUAUUCUUGAAGUUGUCCAAACUGGACGAACUUGCAUUUUGGAUGUCAACCCACAAGCCCUGAAAGUACUGAGGACAUCUGAGUUCAUGCCCUAUGUUGUAUUUAUUGCUGCUCCGGAACUAGAGACGUUGCGUGCCAUGCACAAGGCUGUGGUGGAUGCUGGCAUCACUACCAAGCUUCUGAUGGACUCUGACUUGAAGAAAACAGUGGAUGAAAGUGCACGAAUUCAAAGAGCAUACAACCACUAUUUUGAUUUGAUCAUCGUAAAUGACAAUCUGGACAAAGCCUUUGAGAAACUACAAACUGCCAUAGAGAAAUUGAGAAUGGAGCCACAGUGGGUCCCCAUCAGCUGGGUUUACUGAUGAUUCAAUAAGGUUCACAAUUAAAAUACAACUUUUAAAAAGUGACUGCAACAAAUAAACCUUUUACUGAGAAAAUACAUGCACAGCUAGAAGAUAUCUGCCAAGUCCAGGCAUUUUUAUUGUGUGGAUUGAAAUAUCAGUACACUAUUCUGAAUUUUUAUAUGAAAUGUGGUUGGGAAGGUGUACUAAUAUAUAAUUUAUCUUAAUUUUUCUAACUUUUUAUGGAUAAUCUUUCUAUUCAUAUCACAUAAAGAAAUGCGUUGAAGCAUUUUGUAUAUGUUUUGAUUUAGUACCCUUGCCUUUUUCAUCAAAGGAAUUUUCAAAUCAUUCAUUCUAACUUUGGUCUCACAUUUUCACUGUGAUAAUUAAUACUUGAAAUAGUUUUGUAAAGCUGUCAUUUAGUUCAGUAUUUAACUAGUCAAGGGUAGUUACUCUGAUUAGGACAAAGUAGUAGUUAUUGGCCUUCUUUCCUAAUAUAAUUUCUUACAGAAGCAGAAUGUAAUGUCAGUGCUACAGCUAGUCUGCGACCAUCCAAAUCUGACAUCAUAUGUCUGCUCAGUGCUCCGUAGUUUUGUUAUUUCAGAGAUGUGUGGCUAUCCAUUCUACUUUAUACACACAUACUGGGUUUCUUACCCUUCAUUUCUACCUUUAGUGAAAAAAAACAGAGAGCAACACCUUGCACUCUCAUUUGUCGCAAUGACAGGCUGAUGCUGAGUUAACGUGUGUACACCAAGCAAGGCUGUGCAGGCUGAGAGAGUGCCUUCUCCUGUAAAACCUUACCGCAAAAUGACACAGUUGAUUUAUUUUCACAUGUAAAAGUUUAACUGACAAAAAAGUGAACCUACUUUAGACAGUUUUUUAUUAGGGGAUGGUCAGCAAAUGUAUCAUGCUUCUAAGUUUGCAGUGGUGGGAGGGGAGGGGGGGAGUUGUGAACAAUCAGCAUGUGCUAUGAAGCGUGAUAUGAUCAUUAAGGUAUUUGUUUGAUUUGUUGUAUUGAGAACCCAGUCCACUGAAUGAUUUUUUAAAAUUUGGAAAUAAGUGUCAUCUGUUUUAUCUAUAUAUAAUAUAUACAUUAUAUAAUAUGUACAUUGUAUGUAUUAUAUAAUAUAUAUUAAAAUUUUUUUUUACAUUUCUGUAAGGAAAUGCACUAUUUUGUUUAAUGAUUAGGAAAACUGUUCUCCUCCUCUAGAGAUAUUAACAUAGACAGAUUUCCAAAAUUCACCUUCCUGUAGGAUUCUUGGGUGGUAUAAAUUCUUCCUAAAAUGUAUUCAGAUAUGCAGCUCAUCAGUAAACUAAGUUAGCCAUAUUUUAUAUUGUUGCUAGCUUUUCACAUAAACAGUAUUCACAGUUACAGGGUUAGGCGCUUAACUAUGGGUGGUUGUCUUUGGUGUUAAGCACCAGACACCAGGAUGCUGAAUUAGUUUUCCCCUCACCACAGCUGUGACAUGCAAUGCCAGCAGGGAGGGCUUGGAGGGAAGAGAGUACGCAUGGCAACAAGCAGCACACAUCAAACCUUUUCACAAAUGAAACAAAACACUCAAGUUGUUAAGAUUGGAAGUCUGUAGGUAUUGUUUUACUCCAGAAUUUUAUAUUCAGCACAAAUUCACAUUCUUUGCCCUAGGAUAGGAAAUUGGUGGCAAAAUGGAUCUCACUCUUUUAAUAACUUGGGUAACUUUUAAAGUGCAUUCUUGGUGUCUCAAAGCAACAUGAAUCAAAGCAGAGCGUCGAGGUGAUGUCCUAUGACUGAGUGUUUCAGCACAUUGUAAAUUUUAAGAGAAAUUUCACAUUCUCAGGUCUGCCUUUAUGCUGCCACGUGGAGCCUCUUUGAACAGCUUUGGGAUCAUUGUAGCAGGGCAAACAGUUUAUCCACAAAAUAUUUCAACCAGCUUGGCAAAAUAGAGAGGAUUUUUACAUCGUAUAUAUUUUUAGCUUUAUCAUAUGGUAUAAAAAUGCAUGUUAUUUAGAAAAGAGUCUGCACUUAAAGGAAUUAUUUCUAUUACAAAUGGUAUUCAUCGCUAACUACUUGGUUGCUAUCCACUGGAUUCCUCCUAGUAUGAAAUAAAAUGAUGCACUUUAGUUCAUUUCAGCCUAGAUGCCAGAGUUGAAGACAAUACAUAUAGAAAAUUUCAUUGAUCUCAUAAAAGAGUCAUUGAACUUGAAACUCAGUUCCCAUAGGAGUCUGCAGGAACCAGCCAAGCUCGGCUUGGCAACAAGUCCCAGUGGCCCCAGGGUUCCCGCGGCAAUGAGAGUAUAGUUGUGAUCAAAGACAUGAACUUCUCUUGUGGGAAAGGGCUAAGAUAAUUAGCUUUACUGAAGAGAAAAUGGUUUAAAGUGGUGUUGAACGAUUGGUCAUGGUUAAAAUACACACACGCAUGCAUGUGCUUUUGGGAGACGUGAUGUGCCAAUACGUUAAUACACCUGAGGAUUCCUUGUGGGCAAGUGAGUGUCUGCGUUCAGCAUUCAGGGCGUGACUAUUUAUAUACAACUAAACAUAUACAUUUUUUUCAUUUUCAAAUGUACAAAUAACCCUGGAAAAGUCAUUGAACCAUAACUAGUGGAUUACAUAUGAUACACUAUAAGUAGAAUUUCACUUUUAUUACAGCCAUGCCUUGAUUAUGCGUUCUCAAUUUCUAUUUGAUAUUUGGGUAAUAUCAACUAUCCAGCACAUCGGAGCUCGAUUUACGUUUGCGAAUUCUAACUAUACAAUUGCUGAGUAUAGCUGACUAAAAAUCAUUAUCAUAAACCCACUGUGACUACAGAAAUAGUAGCCUAAGCCCUAGAUGCUAGAAUCUAGUAAAAUUUAUUUAUAAUAGUUUAUAAGGACAAGUUUUCCUUAAAAGAGCAAAUUGGUUAACACAAAUUUAGAAAAUAAUGCAAAUUAGCAAUGAAAUAUAAUAGUGUGGCAUAGAUUAUGGCCAGAUACUAGCUGCUUUGACCUGAUAUCCCAAUGAAAAUAAAAGAUGACGUUUGCUUUAAAAAUUUAUUAAGUUGGUACUUAUUUUUAUGUAUAACAACAAGUGUCCUGAUUGUGAUUGGGGUUGAUUUUCAAGAUGGAUAGCUAUGGCGUUAGGCACAAUUUUGAAUUGGUAAACACGGAACAUAAAAGUUUGAAAAUUGCUCAAAAUAAUGAUCUACUUAACAUUGUACUUUUAUGACUUCUGAAACAACACUCCAUUUUUUCAGAAAUCACAGGCUAGAAAGCCAAUAAUUUUAUAGUAAUGAGUCUUUAUACUAAAUAUGGAAAAAGCAAUCCUGAGGUUUUAUGUAUAUAGAUAGCAGGUCAUUUUUUAAAUGUUGAGUCACCAUAUAUAUAAUAUAUAUACAGCUAUGUGUAUAAUAUGUAAAUUCUCCCAAAAUACAUGAAUAAAUAUAUUCACCCAUGUAAUCAUAACUAGUGUUCUGAAAUUUUUAAUUACUCCCAAAUUCUUAGACAUUCUGGAACUUUUUUCACAUUGUUUUAAAGGGCUUUGUUUUACCUCGAGUCAGAUACUAAUCUGUUUUUUUGAAAAAAUAUAUGAGGCAUUAAGCUCAGAAAAUUAUCAUUAUAGCUUCAUUUCCUUAAGGACAAAGGAGAGUCCGAAAAGGAAACCUCUUGGGAAUACUUAUUUAAAGCUUCUAAUGAAUUUUUGCUACGGUUCAGGCUUAGAGAUUAUACCUGCCUUUCUGUUGUUCCAAAGGAUUUGCUGUGAGAAUUCAUCUGAUAACAUCUGUAAUACAUUUUGAGUUCUUGGGAGAAAUUCAGUAUUUUAAAUGAUAAGAUUAUUGUAUAUAGUACAAGUGACUUAAGAAUACAAGUGACUAAUAAUUCAGCCUCAUACCAGUUUCUAUGUAAAUAUACAUUGUAUACCUGAGGAAGAUAAUGAUUCUAUAAAUUUUUAAGGUAAGAUUAUUUUUUAAAUGCAUUUUUGUUAGCUUCAAGUUUUGCUCAUUUUUAAGUAUUUCCCAUAAUUUGUCAUGUUACUUUCUGUGUUCCUGCAGUGAUUUAGUGCACAGAAUAAAAAAUGAGUCCUUAAUACACCAAAAACUAAAGGAAAUUAUGAUAUCUCAUUUCUAAAGUAAGAAUUUAAAAGCAUGGUUUUCAACACUUGUGCAACACACUGCACUACUUUCUUUAAAAUAGUCUCUCUUUUGAUAAAAAUAGAUUGUGUAUUUCUACUGGCUGGGAUCCUAAUUCUGACUCCUCUCCAUGUGACCUUUGAUAAAAUUUAUAUCCCCCUUUACUUUUAAUAUUCCAGUUGUUACACAAGGCUAACUUAAUAUUUUGUCUUCAGCUUAAAUCACAGGAAGUAAUUUGUAACUCUAAUGUGGUAAAUGCUAAAUUGGAAACUAUGCUACUUUAUCUGUUUAUUAUAUGUAUUUGCGUCUUAUUAUCUUCUAGUUCUUUUUAAAGUGUACCUCUUUCAGAGGUAACUUAGUGAAUAGGAUUCCAUUUAGGUAUCCUAUUUCCAGUUUUAAAACGGAUCUGAGGGUGUAGUUCCAGCCUGGAAGAGGGUCUCUUCUGCUCUCUUAGUGGCCUGGAUCAGGAGACCCAUUUUAGUUUGUCCAAACCCUUAGCAAAUCUUUGCUGCCAAGCAGACCACUCACAAAUCAAAUUUAAGUAAGCAAUCCAGUGCUGUCUUACAUCAGAAGACAUGCUGAUCUCACCCCCUUAAAGCUGCCCUACCCUAUUCUUAGUCCUGAAAUUUAUCACCUCAGUCCAUAUUGUUUAAAAAGUGUCUGUUUCUUUAUAGGGAGAAACAUUCUGUUAGGUCAUUAGUGGACCUCUUAAGCCAACAUGAAUGCCUUGUAGUUACAUCCUCUUUCUAAGUGCUUCGCGGCCAUUGGCUGAUCGUGCAGUGCAGUGAUGAUAAACCUGACCUGCCUCCACACACCAAAGUCAGUCGGAAGUGAUGACCGACCCUCUUUUUUUUUUUUUUUUACUACUAGCGUUUACCGUUUCCUAAUCUCUAGCACAAACUGAAUGAACACCUCUACACACAGUUAACGUAAAUGCUACUGAGAACUUGGGAAAUUAAAUGACUCGAUGCUUGUAAGCCUGUCUCAAGUCCCCCUGGACAGGCUACACCAUAGAGCAAAAGCCAAGAGGUCUUACUUUAAACGCUGGAAAUUGAGAUCUUUAUUGUACUUCAGAAACAGCAAGCCAGGAGUAGAAACAAAAUGACAGGCCAUACCUGAAAUUUGGCUUUCCUCCCAUUUUGGCAUUCAAAGUGGCCUAGAUUGGAGGAGGAAGAAGAAAGCAUAGCAUUAAAAACUCCUCAGCCUUAAGUUACCAAUGUUAAACCAGAAAUUACUACCAGUUAAAAUAUGUUGUUCUCAUCCUUUAAAAGGAGAGGCAGGCAGUCAGAUGAGUAACAUUGCAUGGAACUUGUGCUAAGAAAUGUGGUCCAAAUGAGACAUGCCUGAGUGUUCGGGAAGAACCAGACUCAACUAGAAUAGCUCAUCUCCAUCUGUUAUUGAAAUUCAAGAUAAAUACUUCUUUUGUCUCCGUGCCCUCUUUAAAAAAGAACUGCUGACUCCUGUUUCUUCAGUAACUGAUUUUUACAGACAUGAGGUCUUGGAUUUUGCUGUAGAAGAUUGAGCCCUAGGGUUCAGCAACAGGUGUCACUUUCUAUAUGUUACACUGAGCUCUGUUAGAGACCAUGAUGAGUACUUGUUGUGAAAACCUUGCUUUGGGGGAUUUUGUUUUCCCCCAGUUCGUCUUGGUAUAUCUUUAUUUUGAACAAAAACGCAUGCUCUUUUUAACCUCUAGUCUUUUAAGUGAUUGUAGAAGAGGACUUGUUUUUUCUUUAAUGGAGGACAAAAUGCUUGUUAGCAACCUAAAAAUCAAAGCUGAACAAGCUGCUAAAGUAAGUUUCUGAUGAAAAACUUUAAAAAGAAAAGUUAAUUGCUACUGCUAUCCAAGUAAUUGUACUACUAAUUCCUGUAUAAAAGAAACAUUGUACUUGUAUGAAUAAAAUUUUAUUGCAAUACAAUUAAGUAUUGAUUUUUCAGAAAUUGUCCCUAUACACUUUUCAUUUCACAUAUUUCCAUAUGCUGUCCAAAACAAAAAUUGUUGAAAUGUUCAAUCUGUGAGAUUGCAUAUGCCUGGUAAAAUAUUUUUGUAUGUAAAAAGAAAUAAAUAUUUAAUAUUG